AAGAUAUAAAACCCACUACAAUUGCCAUGACGGGUUAUCUCCAUUUGUUGCUACAGGUACCCCAGACGGGCGGAUCGGAAACGCCUAGCUGCCAGCUUGCAGGAGGGUUGGCUGGUGAGACCUGUGUGCUCCACGGUCCCCCCCAGAGUUUGGCAGAAGUAUUUGCAGAAGCGAAGUGUUCUGCCUCGCGCGCCGCUGCCCCAACUGAAUUCUGAUAUGUUGAAGAUUUCUCGCGGACGAAGAUCCGGCAGCCACCAGCUGUACUGUGGACAUUGCUUGGUCGGCGAUGGCUCGGACGAAGCGGAGGAGGCGCGCUGGUGCUACGUCUGCGGCUGCGGUGGCACCGGCAGUCAGAAGCUGUGUGGACCGAAGAAAGGCAAGCAAUGCCUCUCGUGUUUGCGCACGCAGUGGAGCCAUGCCUCCGAUGACCCGGACAACGAGGUGGCUUUCAUCGAGGAUGUCUUGCGUAUCAUCCCGGUGAAGGACGAUCGAGUUCUGCCCGAGGAGCUGGUCAACAACCUCUUGAACACAGGUCUUUGGAGUCAGCUGAACAUUCGCGCGGGCGUGCCAUUGCAUCGUCGAACGCCUGGGAUUAUGCCUGAGAGAAAAGGACACCGCCUCCGCACCCUUUGAAGGUUAGUGCGGGGAAGUUGCUCGGGGUUUGUCGAAAAAACCGAAAAGGA